AGGCUGGCCGGAAGAAGCGGCCCUGCUGGGUGAGUGGAGAGGGCGCCGCCGCGGGGCUCGUGCCCCCCGCGCGCUCCGCCACGUCCGCCCCUCCUCCUUCGUCCUCCCAAGCACCGAGGGGGCUCCUGCUGUGUACCAGGCGCUGUGCUAAACGCUUAGGCCAUGUUAGCACUCCCCUCCCCCUUUACAGUUGGAGAAAAUGAGGCCGGCAGAUGUUCAGUGACCGGCCCGGGGCCCCACGGCUCCUGAGUAUGCGAAGCUGGAUUUGAACUUGGGUCUUCCCCCCCGCGCCAGCCGGCUGCCCACCUCACCGCAUGGCCCAAACGGGGGCUUUUCAGGGGCUCGCAGGGUUCUUUGGCCACUGCAGUGUCCGGUCGUGCGGCCCUUCCGGGACCUUCGGUCUGUAGUGUGUGCAGUACCUGUGUGUACAGUCGGUGCUUAAUACAUGAGGAGUCCUUCAGCUCACUCAUCUCCCUCCCCUCCCCCAAUGGAAAGCCCUCGAGGAAGGCCUUGGCCAGGCCCCCUUUGGCCGUCGUAUCCUGGGCCGCAGUGUCCGGCACACGACCGGACGGUCAUAAAUGUUUGUUGAUUGACUGAAUGACAGCGGGGGCUGGAAGUCUGCCCCUGACCGGGCCCCUGGCCUUCCCCAGAGCUCGCCGUUAGUGUGUGAGGGCGGCCUGCCCCUGUCCAGGAAUGUCCGGCAGUGACUGUCCAGGAUGGUCCGUGAAGGAAGGGCCCGGCUGAGAGCCAGGACCUGGGGGGGUGGGGCGUCUUCCCACUCUCUGUUUUCAUCUGGCCACUUACAAGAUCCACAUGAAGGAUGACUGCUGGGCAAGCUGGGCAAGCAUCUUUGGUGUUUCGGGAGUCAGUGACCUUCAAGGAUGUGGCCGUGGACUUCACAUGGGAGGAGUGGGGACACCUGGGCCCUGCUCAGAAGGAGCUGUACCGUGAGGUGAUGCUGGAGAACUACAGGAACCUGGUGUGCCUGGGCCUUGCUGUUUCCAAACCGGACGUGAUCUGUCAGCUGGAGCAAGGUGGAGCACUUUGGUGGCCCAAGGGUGGAGUCCCAGGAAGCAGCUGUGCAGAUUGGGAUAUUAGGCCUGAAGUCAAAGAGUCAUCUCCAAAGCUGGCCAUUUCUAUAAAAGAAUCAUCCAAUGAGACACUCAUACGAGCUGGUGUCUGUGUCUCUAAGUUGAAAUAUUCUUGGGAAUGUGAUGCUAGAUUAGAGAAACAGCUGAGCCUAGAGGAGAGACAUUCUAAACAAAUAAAACUCAUCCAAAGGAAAACUCCCAAUGAAGGAAGAAAAAAUGAAUAUAAUAAAUAUGGGAGAAGCUUUGCUCCAGAGCCAACCCUUUUUCCACAACAGAGAGAAUUGAUUGAAAAAAGUCUCCAUGAGUAUGACAUGCAGAAGAGCUUCAGACUGUAUUCAGAGCUAAGAAAAUAUAAUAGUAUAUGCUCAAAGAAGAUAUUUUCUGUGUAUAAUAAAUAUGGAAAAUCCUUCAGUUAUAAUUUAGAACUUAUCAAAAAGCAUGGAACACCUGUUGGAGAGAAAACUUACGAAUGUAAUGAAUGUGGCAAGACUUUCCGUCAGAGCACAGGACUUAUUCAACAUCAUAGAAUUCAUACAGGAGAAAAACCUUAUAAAUGUAAUGAAUGUGGGAAGGCCUUCCGUCAGAGCUCAGGCCUUAUUCAACAUCAUAGAAUUCAUACUGGAGAAAAACCUUAUAAAUGUAGUAAAUGUGGAAAAGCCUUCUGUCAAAACUCAGGCCUUACUCAACAUCAGAAAAUUCAUACUGGAGAGAAACCUUAUGAAUGUAAUAAAUGUGGAAAGACCUUCCUCCGGAAUACUGAAUUAACUGAACACCAGAUAACUCAUACUGGAGCAAAACCUUAUGAAUGUAAUGAAUGCGGGAAGGCCUUUUGUCAGAGGGCAGAACUCAGUCGACAUCAUAAAAUUCAUACUGGAGAGAAGCCUUAUAAAUGCAAUGAAUGUGGGAAAGCCUUCCGCCAGAUUACACACCUUACUCAACAUCAUAAAAUCCACACUGGGGAGAAACCUUAUGAAUGCAAUCAAUGUGAGAAGACCUUUCGUUAUAGCUCACACCUUACUCGUCAUCGUAGAACUCAUACAGGGGAGAAACCAUAUGAAUGUUAUGAAUGUGGGAAGGCCUUCCGCAGGAGUUCUCACUUUAUUCGACAUCAGAUAAUUCAUACUGGAGAGAAACCUUACAAAUGUAGUGAAUGUGGGAAGGCCUUUCGCUGGAGCACAGGACUUAGCCGACAUCAGAGAACUCAUAACAGAGAGAAACCUUAACGUAAAGGAUUUGACAAAGUCUUCUAUAGUUCAUGCCUUAUUCAGCAGUAGGGAUUCAUACUGGAGAGAAGUCUUAUGAAUGUAAUGAGUAAGAGAAUGCCUUUACUCAGGCCACAGGGCUUAUUUAACAUUAGAUAAUUCGUAGUGGAGAGAAACAUGAAUAUAAUAAAUGUGGGAAGCCCCUUCCCCAGCAAAUAAAAUUUAGUAAAUUUCAGAUAAUUAAUCCUGGAGAAAAUCUUUAUGAAUAUAAUGAUAAAGGGAAGACUUUUCUCCAAAGAGAAUACCUUACAAUAAAUCAUAGAUGUAGAACUAAAAGAGGCCUCAGUGACCAUCUAGCCCAUCCUCCUCUUUACUAGUGAGGAGACUGAGGCCCAGGGAGGUGAUUUGCCCAAGGUCACACAGGCAGUCUUUCCCUCCUGGGAGGUGGAGGGAAACCCCUCUAAACACAUCUAGCCCUAGAGAACUGUGGGAUAGGGAAGGGCUUCCAGACUGGGAAUAUCUAGGCCAGAGAAGAGAAAGCUUACGGAGGGAUGUCAUAAUUGUCAAGGCAUAGAAGGAUUCUAUUUGUUCUGUUUGUCCCUAAAGGGUAGGACUAAGGGCAGUCAGGAAAGUUUUAAAAGAAAAUUUAGGCAAUUAGGGUAGCAAUCCAUUGGUAGACAGGGUUGCCUUGAGUGGCAGGUAGUUGGUUACCCCUCACUGGAUGCCUUUAAGCACAGUCUGAAUGAGGAUUUUGUUGGUAUGUUUGGGGAGUUGCUGUUCACAUAUAGUCUAAAGUAGGUUUCUUCUGUGGUCCUUUCCAAUUCUGAGAUUCUCAUUCUAAGAAUCCAUAGUGGAGAAAAGGCUUAAGAAUAUAGUAAAUGUAACUUGUAACUGUACAUUCUCAAAUUAUUCUCUUAGGAGAUACAGGUUUGCAGCUCCACCGCCAAUGAAUGAAUACUUGCCCCUUCACCCUUUCAUGCACAUUGUGUUGCUGCUUCGAAUUAUUUUUGCUGAUUUUUACUAGUGUGAGGUGUUGCCUCGAUGUUGUUUGUAUUUGUAUCUGAUUUAUAACGAACCCUCUGCCUGCAUCCUUGAGCUCAUUCUAUCCCAACUUCACCAGCAAAAUGCCUCCUCUUAUUAUCUCCACUCUCUUCAAUCUCUUUUUAUCUACUGGUUGCUUCCCUACUGGCUACAAACAUAAUCAUGUCUCCCCCAUAUUUAAAUAUUCUCACUUGAUCUGGCCAUCACCAAUAGAAGUUGUCCUAUAUCUCCCCUUGUGGCUCACCUUGAGAACACCAUCUACAAUCAACAUUUUCAUUUCCUGUCUUCUCACUUGCUUCUAAACCCUCUGUACUACGGCAUACUGCUUUUUCAAAAAUUACCAGUGAUAUCUUAAUUGCCAAUCUAUCAAUCCUUUCUUAAUCUUCAUUGACACAUUUUGCUUUCCUUUCAAGGAGAUUUGUGAGAAUAAUGAAUACCAACAAUUCUCUGCAUGAAUGUCUAUUUAUGGUUAAAUAAAUUGUGGUCCAAAAGUGUGAUGGAAUUUUAUCCUGCAAUUAAGAUUGGCAAUUCUGAGGAAUAUAAGGAAGUAUGGAUGAUGCGGAGUGUCUAAAUGAAGAUCCAAGAGAACAGUACCUCCUAGUAAUCAGAUGAGAGGAAGAAAUAGGAAUGAGAAUCAAUGGAAAACUAAGAAUCCUGAUGGAGACAUAGAAGGCUGGAUCGAAAAGGUGUUAUGGCAUUUUGUAGGUUAAAUUCCAUUUGUUUAAAUGUAAUAGUUGCAAAGCAAGUUUAAUUAUUUGUAUUGUUGUUCAAGGUUGUUGAUAAUGUAUAGAGGCGGUGGUAUAGUGAGAGAGCUGAUCUCAGAGCUUAGAAGACCAUGGUGCCUUUGACACCUGGCUGGGUGAUGCUGGACAAGUCGCAGCUUCUCAGUGCUCCAGGCAACUGGGUAAGACUAUGAGUUUCAUGACCAGUGUUGGUGUAGAGGUCUUCCUCGCUAUGGGCUCCCUAUACCAAUUAAGUCAAAGUUCAGUCCAAAAUUUUGUAUAUAGUAAAUGCUUUAUUAAAAGAAAAGUUAUGAGUGGGAGAAGGAUUUCAGUAAGCUUUCAUAUGUAGCUGCAGUCCUCAAAAAUUAACAGAAUAAUUAAUCAUGCUUGCCUUCUUUAGUCAUGGAGAAGAGGAAUCUUGACUUCUUGCCAAGGCAAAUAACCCAUCCCCACCUCCCUGCUCUAGGACAUUGCUUCAGCUGUGUCUUGUCUCUUGUGCUUACAUCUACAAACCAUGCCACCCAAUGGAUCCAUUCCACACUGCCUAGAAACAUGCUUCAGUACUUUAAAAAGCCUACCUUUGACCUUCCACUUGAUCCAUCUACCAUCUCCCUUCCCUUCUCCCCUUUACUUCCAAACCUCUGGCAUAAGCUCUCUAUACCGAGUUCCUCCAGUUCCUCACCACCACAAAGCCUUGCAAUCUGAUUUCUUUUGGGCCUCUCUACUAAAAUGGCUCUCCUAAUGGUCAUUAUUGACCUCCUAAUUGCCAACUAGUGACCUUUUCCCUUAUGGUUUUUAUCAUUCUUUGGCUCAAUGUUUUUUUUUUUAACAUCACCACCCAGCCUUUCCUUCUGAGUACAUUCUACCUCCAUGUCUUCAGAUAUUGCAACCUUUUUGGUUAAUGUUAAGUCUAAUCACUCAUUUGUCUGGAUAACCUGCUAAGAUUUGCAGUAUUCUUCCUCACUAUGACUGUACGAAGCAAAUUGUGGAAGCAUAAUUAGCCUCACUUUACAGAUUAUAAACCUGAGGCUCUUAGGGAUUACAAGUUUUGCCUGUCUUCUGCCAACGAGUCCAGCUUUAUAGUGGGAUUUGACUCUGGGUUUCUCAGCGUAAGUCCAGCACUCUGGACUACACCACACCAUGCUAGUUAAUCUCUGAACUUCUCUGUCCCCAUUUGCUCAUCUUUUCCUCAGCCCUUAAGCUAUAUAUUUUCUCCAAGAUAUAUAUAUAUAUUUUCUCCAAGAUAUAUGUAUAUAUCUAUCUAUCUAUAUCUAUAUCUAUCUAUCUAUCUAUCUAUCUAUCUAUCUAUCUAUCUAUCUAUCUAUCUAUAUAUACCUUUUGCCCUCUUUCCUUGCCUCUCCCUUCUUCCCCUAGGGAGCCUCAUUUGGUCUCAGAGCUUCUGGUCUCACUGACCCUUCAUGUCCAGUCAUGAUCUCUGGAACUUAAGAUGAGUAUCACCAUUUCUGUUAAUCACACCCUUAUCUCCCUACUUUCCCAUGUAGGAAAACUACCAUUGCUUUUGACUCUUUACUCUCUCUUUCUUCUCAUAUCUAAUUAGUCACUAUAUCUUGUCAUCUCUACUGUCUCACGAUAUAUUUCAUGUCUCCUCCUUCCUGUUCCUACAGCCUAUAGCCCAGUAGGUCAAGACAGAGUAUUAAUGGACUCAGUGCUUGAUGAGUGGAGAGCUGGGCUUGUCUCCUACCCUCGACAUAUACAGUGUAACCCUGAGCAAGUUACUUAAGCCCCCCGAGCAUGCUUUAUCUUCUGUAUAAUGGUGACUACCAUACCUGUAGUACCUACUGCCUAAGGUUAUUUUGUAUUUUGUGUGUGUCCAACUCGCUUGCUGGGUGUUAAGCUUUGUGAUCAUAGAGCAUAUGUAUUAUCUAAUCUUGGUAUUUUUUGCUGGGAUCUAGUAAAAUGUUUUGCACAUAGUGUUUAAUAAAUGGUUUGAAUGGAAUUGACUAUGGAAAAAGUUUCACCCAGGGGGGUCACCUUGUUGAACACCUUGGAAUUGGUAUUGAAGAGAAACCUUACAAAUGGGUUAUUGGGUAUUUAGAUUCUCACUUUCUGAUGAAACAUUGUGCCCUAUGUCUUUCCAAAAUGCCUCUCUCUUCUAUGGGCCAGGCCCUGCCUCCACAGAGCUUGUAUCUAAUGGGGGAGACAACGUGUAAACAAGCUAUAUACAGGAAUAAUAGGAUAUAAUUAACAGAGACAGGCACUAGAAUUAG